AUGGAGCUUCAAGACGAAAAGGGCCUGACACCGGCGUAUCUUGCAGCACAGCAGCGCCAUCUAUCCAUACUUACAACGCUGAUCAAAAACGGCGCCAAUAUUGAAGCGAGAGACCAAAAAGGUCGAACCCUUCUCGCAUAUGCAGCGAGCAAGAACGAUGAGGAAAUGGCACAGUUAUUACUCGAUCAGAAGGCUCGUAUCGAGGCUUGGGACGACGAGAAACAAACACCAUUGGCACUGGCUGAGCAACUAAAGCACACACCCAUGAUCAGGCUGCUCCUUAAACGCAAGGCCAAUGCCAAAUUCAGGGACAAGCUCGGACGCACGUCUCUUGGAAGAGCUGUGGAGAGAAGAAGCCUAGACACAGUGAAACUCUUGCUCGAUCUUAAGGUCAAUAUCGAGUCUAAAGACAACUCCGGCUGCACCGCACUUGCUCUAGCCGCCGAGAGCGGCUACCUAACAAUAUCCAAGACUCUAAUCGAAGGAGGAGCAAAUGUUAAUACCACAGACCACGAUUCAGAUACGCCCAUCAAUCUGGCGGCGAGCCGAGGUCACACAUCUGUUGUUGAGCUGUUGUUGGAACAUUCAGCCGACCUCGAGUUAGCCAACACACUUGAUGGCUGGACCCCGCUGAUGCAAGCUGUACACCACGGCAACGAAGAAAUGGCAAAGUUGUUGCUGGAAAAGGGUGCGAAAGCUAAUGCCAAAGAUAACCAUGGCCGUACUCCACUCUUCAUCGCCAUCGAUAGCCAUCGGUCUUCUCUGGUGCCUGCCCUAUUGGAUCAUGGCGCUCGCACCGACGUCAAAUAUGAUGGAUUGAAUCCCCUGUAUCAUGCCAUCAUGCGGAAGAACAAGGACUCCGUUCGGUUGCUUGUGGACAGAGGCGCGGAUACAUCCAAGCUGAAGAGACUGGUGCCGCCGUUGCAGUAUGCAAAGGACCUCAUCGUUCACGAGGAAACUGGCAGCAAGGAUGGAGAGAAUCAGGUUGCUGACUUGAAAAGCAUUGUCAAGAUUCUCCAGAAAUUUGACCCUCUCAACUCUUCUGAAGAAGCAAAGAAAGGCAAGAACAGAAAACAGCCGAGAAGUAUCAGGUACUUGAUGGUCAAGGUCAACUCACCCCUCACGACAACAUCGCGGAGAUUCCAGGACAGCGAGUCGAGCCGAAAUGAUGCGAAAGACCUCACACGUGCUGCCGAUAUCGAGACGACCGUUCGGGAGGCGAAGCAGAGAUUUCGCGACACACUACCGAAGGGCUACCUGAGCGAAGAAGAAUACAGGCUGUACGAGCGCUGGUAUGGGCCGCCGCUGAGGGAGACCACGCCGGAGGAUAUUGGAAUCGAGUACUUGAACGAGAAAACAUCCGAGGCGGCAGUGCGAAAGGAUGGAUCUGCAGAACCUGCUCUCCUUCGACGGGGCGAGGGUGGCUCCUAUGAGGAGGUGUCGUACGUGCGGAAAGGCAAACGAAAAACGCCUGAUCAGAUCUUCGAAGAAAUUGUGGAGGACAACCUCGCCUCUGAGCUAUCAACAGAAGUCGAACUUGCGCAAGAGCCUGCGCCCGAUGCCGAGCCCGAACCCGAAGAGCGAGACAACUACAUCAAUGUUGUGGCAAGGAACAGGAGAGAAUACGAUGCGCUCAUGAAGCUGCAGAAGGACUUUGAGGCCAGUGCCCGCGCAUAUGAGGAGUCGGAGAGGGCACAAGCCCAAGAGGAGGACGAACAAAUACGAGACGAGGAACGAGAGAUGGACGAGGAUGAGGAGGACCUCGACGAGAGGGAGGACGGAAUUCAAGACCAGAGCAUCUCCAACCGUGCAAGCCGCUUGCAUCCGUACUCGAGAGAGGGCCACUUCUCGACAAACCCGGCCACCGUCGCCAUGCCCUACACUGGCUUUAUAUCACCAGUCAACACCAUGCUCAGCCGUACUGAUAUCAAGCACGUGCAAGAGGCGGCGGAGAAGGCUUUCGGAGGUCCUGGCCUGCCCCAUUCACCGGCGACACCUGCUUCCAAGAUGAACCUGCCUCAGAACCCCAUUGGCAUGGCUGUCUGGCAGGCUAGGAUGUCAGAGAUCGACGCGGACGCGUUCAUCUCUACGUUCUUGCCGCCUACCUACGCCUCUGCCAUGGCCAGUUUGGUCGAAGUUCGCAAGCGCCUGGGCACGGAUUGGAUGCGCAAGCUAUUCGAGAGGGGGGAUGGCGAGGGCCCCCGCAUCCUUGAUGUUGGUGCCGGCGGUGCAGGUCUCCUGGCUUGGCAAGACAUUAUCCGCGCUGAGUGGGAGGCCAUGCAGUCUCGUGGUGAAGUCUCUGGUCGAGGUCCUCCAGGCAAGCAGAGUGUGGUUAUUGGAGCCGAAAAGCUGAGAGAACGCAUUUCGAAGUUCCUGCAGAACACCAGCUUCCUGCCUCGCCUGCCGGACUACCUACACUCCGUCGACCAACAGGAGCAGCACAUUGAUGCCAACGAGACCCCGCAGCCUAGGAAGAUGUUUGAUGUCAUCAUCGCUUCCCACCUGCUUCUUCCUGUUAAGGAAGGCCACAGACGCAAGGCCAUCUUGAACCAGAUCUGGUCCCUGCUUAACCCCGAGGGUGGUGUUCUCAUCGUUCUCGAGAAGGGCCAGCCUAGUGGUUUUGAAGCCGUUGCUGAAGUUCGCGACCGCCUUCUUCAGGAGUUCCUCAUCCCUCCAGGAGGAGAAGAACUCAAGGCCGAAGAACAGGACCUCGACCCAUCUUUCGAGAGAGUGAAGGAGCACGGCAUGAUCAUCGCGCCCUGCACGAACCACAAGUCGUGCCCGAUGUACCUUGUCCCUGGUAGGAGCAAGGGGCGCAAGGACUACUGCCACUUCACCCAGCGCUUCGUCCGCCCGCCCUUCCUCCAGAGGAUCAUGGGCGCAACGCACCGCAACCACGACGACGUGCAAUUCAGCUACGUUGCUAUCCAGCGAGGCACCACAGCCAAGUCAGGCCCUCUCGCCGGCGACAAGGCCACCACUCGCGCCUUGGAAGGCUACGAGGAUGCCGAGGCCGCCCCCGACAUGCUCUCCCUACCCCGCCAGAUUCUCCCGCCCAUUAAGCGUCGCGGACACGUCACCCUUGACGUCUGCACGCCCUCCGCGAAGAUUGAGCGCUGGACCAUCCCGAAGAGCUUCAGCAAGCAGGCGUACCACGAUGCGCGCAAGGCGAAGUGGGGUGACCUGUGGGCCUUGGGCGCGAAGACUCGACUGCAGAGGAAUGUGCGCAUGGGCAGGCCGGAGGCCGAGGAUGACGGCGGUGUUCGGGCGCAGCGGGCGAAUGCUGCCGCUCGCAAGAAGAGGAAUGUCGUUGAGGUCGGCAUCAAUGAGCACGGUGUGAUUGGCGACCCCGACGCUAUUGAAGCGCGCGCGCAGCCGCAGCAGAGGCGGAAGAGCAAGAGAGGAGCUGCUCUGCAUGACCUCAAGAAGCAGCUGGCAGAGAAAGAGGAUUAA